GGUUUAGGGAUUGGAUGGAUGUUCUUCGAACUUCUUAACUAUGGCGGUGAAAGAAUGAAAGAAAGAUGUUCAUUUUUUAAUUUAAUUUUGGUGGACUCGGCUCCAGUCCUCAGGGAAGGUUCGCAAUUUGCAAUUGUGGCUCUAAGUGUUCAAACAAAACACACCCAGAGCCCAUCCCUUUAUCGUCUUUCCCUGCAAUUUCACCUCAAAACACAACCUCUACUUACGUAAUCGAUUCCAGUUCUUGGGAAAAGGGAGCAAUUUGAAACAGCUAACGGAAAAUUCUAAUCGAUAGAUAUGGCGAUGCGUGACUUGGUUACUGGUGGAGCUGAUUGUGCUGCUCCUGGUUCUUCUUCUUCUAACCCACUCGGUGCUCUUGCCAACGCUCUAAUUGGCUCCUCUUCCAAGACCCAGGAAAGGUUACGGGAAAUUCCUACAUCGCAACUCACAGGUCCUGAAAGGCCUUUUGCCCCUGAGACUCAUGGGCAGCUUCCUGGGUCUGAGUUUGAUCACCCACCGCUUCAACCCAAUCAGCAGGCGUCAAAUUUUUUGAAUGCCUUUCACUCGGCUGCUGAUCCUGGUCUCGCCUCUGCAUGGAAUGAGGUACAGGCUGGUCCUCCUCCUGCCCACUUGAGGGAAAUGCAACCAAGUCUUGCUGAAUUUGAUCGAAUUUAUGACCAAGUACCUGCUUCUCAGCAUCAACCGAUUUUGGAUGGGCCACCACAGAGAGUGCUGUCAAACUUUUUGCACUCAUUUGUAGAGAGUAGCCGUGGUGGAGUACCUUUUCAUCCAACCCCUCUGCCUUUAUUGGGACUAUCUGAGGGUGAUAAACAAUGUAUACGAGAUCGUAGCAGCAUAAUGGCUCGACAUUUUUUUGCAGAUAAGAGUGAAGACUUCAUAAAUGCACAGUUAAAUGCACUUCUAUCUUCCUUGGACAUCGACACCAGUAAACAGGUUGGGGGGCCUCAACCUGGUAGGUUCCGUGAGAUGGAGGAUUAUUGGAAUGAAUCUCAAGCUCUCCAGAGACCUGGUGGUCAUGUUGCAGAUGGGUGGGCUUCUGAAUAUAGCCUAAACAGGGAAAAGUUUGCUGAUCAUGAUGCUUGGGCUCAAUCCUUUGAACAACAAUAUGGUGCCAAUGGCUGGGCCUCUGAGUUUGAGCAGGAGAGGUUUCAGUUAGGAUCGGCACAAAAAAUGGCAGGUGGUAAUAUGAUGAACUUAUCUGCAAUGGAGCAGACUCGCAAGCUUGCAAAUACGUUAGCUGAAAACAAUGACCCUAAAUUUCAGAACUCAAAGUUUCUCCAGUUUGUUUCAAAGAUGAGUAGGGGUGAACUUAUUAUUGAUGAUAAUCAAGUCAAGCCAAACUCUUUAUCUCCGACAGAUAACUGGGCUUCCGAGUAUCAGCAACAGUAUAGUGGGGGUCUUCCCUGGGCUGAUGAAUUUGUUUCUAACCAAACUAAUCGGUGGGCUGAUGAGUUUGCUGAAGAGAAGCAAAAUGUGUCAGAUGAUCCAUGGGUAAAUGAAUUUUCCAAGUUGCACAUGCAAGACUGGGUGGAAGAAUUUGGUCAGCAGGUUGGAGAAGGGGUUUCUGGAGAAGCCGAUAAUUGGGCAAAUGCAUACGAUGAGUUCGUAAAUGAACAAGUAGCUGCCAAAGGAAAAAUGGAUGCUUCCAAGGGGAUAUAUGUCUUUUCUGAUAUGAACCCAUAUGUCGGUCAUCCUAAUCCCUUGAAGGAAGGUCAGGAUCUGUUCCGUAAAGGCCUGCUGAGUGAGGCAGUGCUUGCUUUAGAGGCUGAAGUUAUGAAAAACCCUGAAAAUUCGGAAGGUUGGAGGCUUCUUGGAAUUGCACAUGCUGAAAAUGAUGAUGAUCAACAGGCUAUUGCUGCAAUGAAGCGGGCACUGGACGUUGACCCUACGAACUUAGAGGUGCUUCUUGCGCUUGGUGUGAGUCACACAAAUGAAUUAGAGCAAGCUGCUGCAUUAAGAUACUUGUAUGGAUGGUUACAGCAUCACCCAAAGUAUGGAACACUAGCAAAACCAGAGCUUGCUGAUUCGUUGUACUACGCUGAUGUAGCUGGCUUAUUUAACGAAGCUGCACAAAUGUUUCCUGAUGAUGCUGAUGUGCACAUAGUACUUGGGGUCCUUUAUAAUUUGUCCAGAGAAUUUGACAAAGCAAUUGCAUCCUUCCAAACAGCCUUGAAAUUAAAGCCGCAAGAUUACUCUCUUUGGAACAAGCUAGGUGCUACACAAGCUAACAGUAUUCAAAGCGCUGAUGCUAUAUUAGCUUAUCAACAGGCACUUGAUUUGAAGCCUAAUUAUGUACGUGCCUGGGCCAAUAUGGGAAUCAGUUAUGCCAAUCAGGGGCUCUAUGAGGAAUCAAUUAAGUACUAUGUGAGGUCACUUAGCAUGAAUCCAAAGGCAGACAAUGCGUGGCAAUAUUUAAGAAUUUCACUAAGCUGUGCAUCAAGGAAUGACAUGCUGGAAGCCUGUGAUUCCCGCAAUCUUGAUGCCCUUCAAAAGGAGUUCCCAUUAUGAAUUAUUCACAAGCGUUUGAAUGAAUAAACUUUGACUGAAGAGCUACAUCUCUGUUCUAUUGGAGGAAGUUACAGUCAAAAUACUUGCUGCAGCUUAGGACUGUUAGUCUUUUUCUUUUUCUUUUUUCUUUUUUCAAAAAUUUGUUGGGGGUUUGGGGAAGAAGGGUGUGUUAAUAUUCCACCACAGUUCAACAUAAAAAUAGGCUGCUGGUACUGUUGGAAGAGGAAUAUUAAUAUCCUAAGCGUCGGUCUUAGCAUAACUCACCAUUUGCUAGCUGGUGAAGAAGUUAAAACCAAAUUAGCUUUCCCCUUGUAUUAAUUAUGAUUUGAAUAUGAUAGUACCUUUACUCUACACACAUCAAUGUAUUCUUUCAGGAAUAAUUGCAUCUUUUGGCUA